AUGUAUAAGCCGAUUUGUGUCAAACACCGCCUUUCACGGCCCUCUCGGUCAUUCAUGCUGCUCCAAACCCUUCGAACAUUGCGUACUUUUGGACUCUGUGCCAAGAGGGCCGAGGCUCUGUACUUGAUAGAACAAAAGGAGCAACAAUGUCCCGAUCGGGCUAAUUGCUCUCCGUCAACCCAUAUUCUGCUAAGAGUCUCCCCAAAGUUCGGCGUCGCUGUGAGGAUCAACACGGCCGAUUUCCGAAGAGCCGGUAUUGAAGUCAACGACUUGCUCAGGGCGACCAGUUGUUUGACCAGUAGCCAACUCGAUCUCGGCGAGAUAUCGGGAGGAAGCUUCGAAUCAUCUAUUACGGCCACCGCCAUGGCACAAAGUGAAAUGUCCUCCAGGGCCCCGAAACUCGAAGCAUACUUCUUGCAUGUCGCCCAGUAG